UCAACCACCUCGGUAGCAUGCUAGCCAACAUGAAUUCGAAACAUUGAAGUUCUGAAUAAUUGUGUAACUACACGAAUCCCAGUGUUUUAAACACAGCUCUGUUAACGUAUGUACUAGUUGAUUUAAACUUAAUUCGCUUGCUAAAUUUGCUACGGAGCCUAGCACCAGGGUAGUCGAUAAUGCUAGCUAGCUAACAUCCCCGACCACGAACUCACAAAGUUACUCCCCCCCUGCUAUGGAAGAGGUCUGCUGGAUGGAGAAAGAAGCUCUUAGGCUGAACGUUGUCGUAAAAGAGGAAUAUGAUGAUAUUACAGUGAAAGGAGAGGAAGAAGCAUUCAGAAUGAAAAAAUAUAAAAUGGAGGCUAUCACGCUGAAAGAAGAACAGGAUGUUCAAGUGAAAGAAGAGGAAAUACCGUUUGUUGUGAAAAAGGAAGAGGGGAUCGAGGCUGUCACAGUGAAAGAGGAGGUAGAACCUUUCAGAAUGAAAAAGGAAGAGGAUGCUAUCACAUUGGAAGAAGAGGAGCAACCGUUUGGAGUGAAAGAGGAGGAGACUGAAGAUCCGAUUAACACAAAGCCCAAAACAAGGCAAUAUGCUCUUUUCUGGCCCUCCCAGAGCUCUACAUUGAAAGAGGACAUCAGACAAAUACAGGAAGAAUCUAGCGUGGCACCCAUGAGUCCCAGACAGCUUGGUGGUGGUGAUGUCGACGCCAUUCACUGCAACGGAGAACGGGACAUGAAGGACAACGAUUGGUUUCCUAGCAACAGACUGGAGGCGGAGUCGGCUCCAGAGAAGUACAAGCCAGCGCAGAGGGAGGGUGGUGACCCAUCUCUCCCCUCCCCUCUCCCCGAGUCCCCAGGUUGUGCCUCUCCCGGUAGUGCCUUAAUGUGGGGUCUGAAGAGGGUGUCUGUGCGGCUGGUGAACUGCAGGAAAACUCCAGGGCUGAGUGGAACUGUGAGAGAAGGAGAAGAGGGAGAUUCAGAUUCAAUGUCAUCAAGUAAGAACAACGGUGUGUGUGGAUUAGACCAGGGGUUCCCAAACUUUUUCACUGGGGGGGGACAUCCCGCGCCCCCUCCCUGCGCACACACACCAUGUCUUUCUAUGGGCACAAGCAAUGUUCUUGACACAAACUGUUCACACCCCUCUCGUUUGGUGUAG